AUGAAUGGUCAUGAGAUACCGGUCAAGACGGAGGGAAUGAGCGCACCGACAGGCAUGUGGACAACGCCAACAUCUCAGGGUAUGCGACCUCGACCAGCCACCAUACAUGAAGGCUUUUCCUAUUGUGUCGGGGAGGAAUACGGCACGAUACCGUCAUGGGAAGCAACUGCUAUGGCAAUGCAAAACACCCCAAGUGACUCAAUGUCCCGGCCGGUAUCAAUGCAUCAGGAUUUCUAUCCAGUCACCACCAUGAGCAGCAGUGAUCGGGCAGAUCCCUGGGGUAUGAAAGCGUGUGAGGACAACUUGAUGGCUCAUGGAUUUGAAACAGACAUGAACAUUGGUCAGGCCCUUACAACUGAUGAAGCCAUUCCAAUUCUUGACCUUAGAUACCAAGGAGGCCAAACUGAGAAUGAAGGCGGCCCCAACUUUGAGACUGGCUUGAACCCCCGAAGAAUGUCUGGUUCAUCCUUCACCAUGUCGACUUCUGGUAAUCUCUCAGACAUGCCCUCAUACGAAGAAUUCUCGUCCGCUCUCUCAGAAGCUCCAUCAUUUUCAGAUUAUCCGCCAACCUCGAACAGAAACUCGCUGAUGUCGUCAACUCAACUGUCUCCUGUAGCAUCACCUCGUAUGACCCCUCAAAGCCGCUCCGAGCUAGUACGCACGCAGAGCCGGGGUCGUGGGGCAUCUCCUUCACCUCGUCCAGUAAUGCGAUCAGCUCCUUACAGCGUCGACAGCAAUGCAAGGAAUAAGAGAUGGUCUACGGGUUCUUAUGGAACCACGCCAACUCGGCGACAGUCACCUUUUGUGUAUCACCACACGCAUGACUCCUUUGGGCAACGCAUGACAUCGAGACAUUCAUCGCCAACUAUCUCGAACAACCCGCUCCCUCUCAAUUUUGGCAAUCUCCAGGCUUUCCAGCACGUUCAGCAUGUUCAGCAUGUUCAGCAACACCCUUUCAUGGUUUCACACCCGUCUGCUUUCCGAAACAGCAUGAUUCUGCCUCCUCAAGUACCUUCCCAGGUGCCCUCCAAUGGAUUCCCGGAAAUGCAUCACCAUUUUGACCAUCCACCGCCUCUGAUGUCCCACGGAUUGUUCAGAAUGCUUCAAAGCAAUGCAGACCCGCACGCUUUGCAUGGUCAUUAUACCGAUCUCUCCGACCCACCAGAUCUGUUCGCAUCCCUUCAUGAAGAACAGAUCCCUCCUCCACCGGAGGACAUGAACCCCGAUGAUCCUGAUCUCAUCCCUCAUGAACAAGAAUUACGAUUUGAAGGAGAUCUGUACACGCCAAGAUGGGUUCGAGGCCAUGGAAACAAGCGAGAAGGAUGGUGUGGCAUCUGUAAACCUGGUCGGUGGUUGGUUUUGAAGAACUCUGCGUUCUGGUACGACAAGAGUUUCACACAUGGCAUUAGCGCGGCCACCGGUAAUCCGUUCCAGGAACCCCAGGAAACGCGCCGAAUGGAUGGAAAUCCCGAUGUUUGGGAAGGCCUGUGUGGCAGCUGCAACGAUUGGAUUGCCCUGGUCAGUAGUAAGAAAAAAGGCACGACUUGGUUCAGACAUGCGUAUAAGUGCCACACACAUCCCAAGAUUAAGGAUGCCCCUAAACGACGUCGUGAGAGCAGUCACUCUCGAGCUCUUGCUGCUUCGCAUAUGGCCAAGCCCAAAAUCGAGGUGCAACAGCCCAUGACGCCCGAGAUGAACUCUGCUGCAACUAUAUCAAUGGCCGCUACGCCAACACCCAUGUCCGUCCAUUCAACAAUGGCGACCCCGCAGCCUCAACAUCAACAACAGCUGUCACCAAUGAAUCUUGUUGAGCCUCAAUUUGACAGUCUCAACAUGAUCUAA